CCGGGAGCGAUAUUUUUGAAAUUUUUGUCUACUUUUCUCCCCAAAUAAACCUCUCUCAUCGCAUCUAUUAUCUCACUCACUCUAAUUAUUUUAAAAUCGCAUAACAUUUAUUGUUUUUGGAUGUUAAAAGUCAAACAAAAAUAAUCCACAUAAAUAACUUCUCCGGCAGCCGGGAAAAUACCCUGGUGGCGGCGAAUUUCGAUUCCAGAGGGAAACAUAACCUAACAUUUGAGGUAAACAACGCCAACGCGGGCUCUUCAACAUCUCUGAAUAGUUCUAAUAUUUAUGUGAAUUUAUUGAGGAUACUUAACAGGGUCCAUUGUGUCAGCUCAGUGUAGUUUUGUGAGGUUUUUUAUCAUGGCUCAACAAUCGCCAGCUCCAAAAAUAAAAGAUCUUCGUCUUCCCAUGUCGAGGGUAAAGACAAUUAUGAAGAGUUCGCCGCACGUUGAGUCUAUCGCCCAGGAUGGGCUGUUCUUAGUUACAAAAGCCACUGAAAUGUUUGUUCACUUCAUGUCGGAGGAGGCCCACAAGCAGUCCAAGAAGAGCUCCUGCUUGGAUUACAAACACCUGGCGGAGGUAGUGCAGACAAACGAGACCCUGGAGUUCCUCAAGGAAAUAAUGCCGAGAAAAAUAACAGUGAGACAAUUCAAACAACUGAUGGCUGAAAAAGAGGCUGCAGAGAGAUCCAGCUCAGAUGAGAGUUCAACAGACUCUGACAGUGACAGCCAGAGUGAUAGUGAGUCUAGCUCUGAUAGUUCUAAAGAUGAAGUCAUGGAUUCGGGAAGUGAUAAGGGGACGAAGGAUGACAAAGAGAAUGGAAAGUCUGAAUCGAGUGAGUCCAGUAAUGACAGUGAGAGUGAUUAGUAAAGACUAGAGCAAUUGCGUUUUUUAGAAUUGACAUGUGAAUUCUCUCUUUUUUAACGAUAAACAUACUGGGAGUGUAUGGUCUAUUUAUUUCGGGAAAGAAAGAGGUCGAGUUGUAGAAGAAUAAUUGUUGGAAUUAGCAGGAAUUGUAAAUUAUUCGGUUUUCUAGGUAAUCAUAAUUAAAACGACCGUUAUUAUCAUUUUUAAUCAACAUUUGCGAGUCAAAUAUUGUUUAAACGAUUUAUUUUGACCGAAAAAACUAACAUUGUCCAUCAAAUUGUAGACGACGAAACCAUUUUAGUUCAUUUGAUAUCAUAACAGUGUAGACAAUCGUAUCUUAUAAAUUGUAAUGAAUGAAACAAUGUCCUACCUUCUUAAAUAAUUAUUGGUGGAAAAAAAAUAUUUUCUGUUUUAUAAUUGGUCAUUAAUAUGUAAUGUGGCUGACCAGCAGUUAAUUUCUGAAAAAAAAAAACAAAAUAAAUUUGUAGUACCAGAAAA